CUUCUCUUUUUAUUUGUUUUUUCAGAAUAAUACUAUGUAUACUUUGCUAAGCGGACUCUAUCAUCACCUUACAAGGAAAGAAGAGUAUUACGUAUUAAUUAUUGGACUUGAUAAUGCAGGAAAAACAACGUUAUUAGAACGCAUAAAAUCAAUUUAUAUGGGAAUAGCUGGUCUAGAUCCAGAUAAAAUUGCGCCUACAGUGGGUUUAAACAUCGGUAAAGUAAAUAUAAAGUCAUCGAAAAUCAAUUUUUGGGAUUUGGGAGGACAGAAAGAUUUACAGUCAAUCUGGGAAAGAUAUUACUCAGAAUGCCACGCCAUUGUAUUUGUUGUAGAUUCAACAAACCCUGUUCGCUUAGAUGAGUGUAGAGACACUUUUGAAAAGAUGAUUACCAAUGAUGCUGUCGAAGGUGUACCUAUCUUGAUGGUUGCCAAUAAACAGGAUGUCUCGGGAGCCUUAAAGGUAGAAGAAAUAAAAGAAGUGUUCAACAAGAUUGCCAUGAAACUGGGUGCGCGUGAUUCUCGAGUAUUACCUGUCAGCGCUCUAGAAGGGAAUGGAGUUGAAGAUGCCAUAGAUUGGCUUGUAUUACGGUUACAGCGAAACAAGAUCAACCGACCACCUGUAUUCCUUUGAAACAAUAAAGAAAGUUUUACAUAUGUACAUAUAUGUAACAAUCAGCAGUAAGGUGUAUGGAUGUACUAUGUGCGCAUGACCUGUAUUUUCUGUUUCCGCCUAUUUUGGAUUUCAAUAUGAUCUUCUUCUGUAGCUUCAGUCAAACAAAAUAGACUUUAUUGUCUAUUGUUGUGUUAUUGUCUAUUGUUGCGUUAUUGUCUAUUGUUGCGUAACAAGCCCUAUUUUUUUUUUUUUUUUUUUUUUUUUU